AUGCCUUUCAAGCCCUUCGCACAUCUUGCAAGAGUCAGCUUUGCAAAGGGAAUCGCCCAUACCUAUGCUCCUUCCGUCGUUGCUGCUGGCCAGUCGAUAGGAACCUUUCAGAACUACCCCGUUGCCAAAUUCUCAAAGACCGCCCAACUUCAAAAUGCCUUUGCGAGUCCAUCUGGCUCUGGUGCCGGAGCAAAGACUGGUUAUACUUCUCAGUCGUCCGGUGGCGAUCCUGGGUUAGCCCAGUACUACGCAGCCUGGCAGCAUGCACAACAGACAGGCGAUGACUCAGAAUGGAAGCAACAUCAGUUUGCCCGACGGAUCGGAUGGAAAGAACAAGAGAAGACGGGAGCUACAAAGUACCAACGGCUCGAGUCAACCCGUGCUGUCGACGCCCUCCGUCCAUCUGUGCGACUGACCGUAUCUCGUACCACCAGCGACCGAAUCGUCCCACAGGCACCGGCACAGGCGGUGGAUGAGGUCUUUGCGGAAGUGGAGGCAUUGGCCCAGGUUGAUGAAGCCAUCGCAAAAGAGAUACAGGAUGUCAAAGAUACACAACAGCUUGAAGCCGCCCCGGCUCCGGAGGAAAAUGUUGGCAGUCCAGUUGUCAGCACGCGAGCAGUCUCACCCGUCGAUCCGGAGCUGACUGCAACCGACUUGGAGUCUACUUCUACGUCUUUUGAGCAGACCUUGUCUACCGACGCCACUUCUUUCGCUUCCGAGGAGUCUGUUCUGUCCGACCAGAUCGUGCGCCUUGGCCAGCAACACCGUUAUGCCGAGAUUCCUGCCUUGUUCGAGGCCAUCAUCAAGGACGGCCAAGUUCCCACAGUCGACGCCUACAAUCACAUCCUGUUGUCUGCCAUCAAUCUGACCAAUGGAUAUCAACCAUGGCCACGAGCGCUGGAGGUUUAUGGUGACAUGACCAAGCGCUCUGUGGAACUCAAUGCUGCUUCCUAUACUAUCCUUCUCAAUUUUCUAGCAAUUCGAAGUCUCGAGGCCUACCAAGUCCGCAAACAUCUCGGUGAAAGAGCUGUUCGAUAUGGCAACGAAGGCGCUCUUGUCUUCCCGUCCGCGACUAGACAAUUGGAAGCUUAUGCAGCCGAUACCUCACUUAUGUUCGCCACCAAGCUGUACAAUAUUGCACGCGCGACCCUCACUGGCUUCCACCUGUCCGCACCACUCUACAAUGCCUUGGUCAGAGCUUGUGCUCAAGCGGGAAUGGUUGAGCCGAUGAAGGUACUUCUGUCAGACAUGAAGGCUGAGAACAUCCGUCUCGACUCUCGAUUGUAUACCCUCGUUAUCGAUGCACACGCCUCGGCACAAGACAUUCACACUGCGCACGAAGUAUACGAACAAUAUCGCGACAUUGCCAUAAGCAGAGCUGUCAACGACCCACUAGACAUGCAAGUGUAUGCUUCUUUGAUAAAGGCAUACUAUGCUGCUGGACAGGGGGAGACUGGCCUUCGGUUCUAUGAAAGAAUUCUACAAUCCUUCAAGGACUCUGCCAACCAACAGCCGCUCUCUGAUGACCUGACAGCUGCUUUUGUACUAAAAGCCUUGGUUCAGCAUCAUAUCGACAACGGUGCCUUCUCCAUGGCACUUGCAGAGAUCAACAACUUCACCCUGCAGCCAGCUGUCCGUGAUCAAGCACUCUCCGAGGUCAGCACUGCGGCCGCCGAUGCUGGCAGUACACAUGAAGCCAUUGCCAGUCUCGACGCCAUCUCGGUUGCGAACUUGACCGCCGAGCCCGUCAUGGCCGUCACUGCCAUGCACAUCCGAGCUGGCGAUAUCGCUAAGGCGAAGGCUACUUGGAACAAGGCCAGCGCUCUAGCACUCUCUCCAAACCCCGACUUUGCCACAAUGUACACACUGGCCAUGAUCAAGGAUGGUUCUAUCGAAGCAGCCAUCGCCGAAGCUCGAUCAAUGUUCUAUCGCAUUCGAAAUGCUGCGACUUCGGAGGCUAGCCGUCAACUUGCAGUUGCCGAAAUCGAUGAAGCCAUCCUGCUGUUCGGCGAUGCUCUUGGGACUGCCCAUACACCUAUCUCUUCCCAGACAAGCAUCCUCAUGCUUCGAGCAAUGAUUGAGAAUGGCGGCCUUGUCUCACCUGUUGCCCAGCAUGCCAUCGCCAGCUUGGGACCGGACUGUGUACACCAGCUUGACGCGCAAGACAUUGCCCUCGCUUUGCACGUCCAGGCACAGAUGCUGCUUACAGAGAAUACCCUUGACAUCGCACACCAGGCCCGAUUCUCACACCUGCUCGAAACUGUUUUGAAUCGUGGCAUUCUCAUGGAUCCAUCCACAGUGCAUGUGGUCAGCGAGAGCCUUCCAAAAGUAGCUUCUGCUCGGCCUGACCUCCUGCAACGCUGGCAAGAACUGCUCCAACCUGCCGCUCCUACCCCCGUCUCACUGCAAGCGUCCCCGGUCUCCCCUCACGUGCCAUUCGCUGGCCAUGUUCCUGAGCCAGAUUCCUACGACCCUUAUGCGCAUACGACCGACUAUCGUGCUUCCAAGGCAAUCUCAGAAAUGGUCGAGAGCACCACCGGGCGUCUUGAGAAUCAUCUCAGUGAUGGUAUGUCUCGCCUGAGGAACAUCCGUCGUGCAGGUCGAAACCUUCACUAUUCCGCUUAUGCAAAACUUAUCACUGCGGCUGGAAAGGCGAAGCAACCAAACCUGAUGAACGAGAUCCUGAGUAUGGCUCACUCUGAUGUCCCGAUGUCACUGCAGAUCCCCUCUGUCCGGGCUGGCUGGAUUUCAAUCCUGGACUCCAUGAUCGCUGCCUCUUUGACUCUUGGUGACCGUCAGCAAGCGGCCAAAAUUCACCAGGAACUCCUCGACAUGGGAGCUGCUCCAUCAGCGAAUACCUUCGGCAUCUACAUCACCACGUUGGAGGGGACAUUUGACGAGGCCACCGAAGCUGUUAAAAUCUUCCAACGUGCUCUGUCCGAGGGGGUCGCUCCCAGUGUAUUUCUGUACAAUGCGGUCAUCGGCAAACUCGGAAAGGCUCGCCGCAUCGACGACUGUCUCCGUUAUUUUGGCGACAUGGAAGGACGAGGCAUCCGGCCAUCUUCAGUCACUUAUGGUACUUUGGUCAAUGCUCUAUGCAGAACCAGCGAAGAGCGUUUUGCAGUUGACAUGUUUGACGAGAUGGAGGCAGCACCAAACUAUCGACCUCGGCCUGCUCCUUACAAUUCAAUUAUUCAAUACUUCCUCAACACCAAGCGCGAUCGAAGCAAAGUCCUUCAAUACUACGAACGCAUGAAGUCUAAGAAUAUCAAGCCUACUUCUCACACUUAUAAACUGUUGAUCGAGGCUCACGCGUCCCUUGAACCAGUCGACCUCCCGGCGGCUGAAGCCACCCUAGCCGAGAUGAAGCAGGCUGGGGUCCAGCCUGAAGCGGUUCAUUACGGCGCUUUGAUUCAUGCCAAAGGUUGUGUCAUGCAUGACAUGCCGGGUGCCCGGGCUGUCUUUGAUACUGUCUUGAAAGAUCGCCAUAUCCGACCCACUGACACCCUUUACCAGAAUCUCCUGGAGGCCAUGGUUGCCAAUCAUGAGGUUGCCAACACACCAGAGGUCCUUGCUGAUAUGUCACGCCGGGGCGUCAUGAUGACUCCUUAUAUUGCCAAUACUCUCAUUCACGGAUGGGCGAGUGAAGGUGACAUUAUCAAGGCUAAAGCUAUCUACAAUGAGCUUGGCAGCGACAAACGUGAACCAAGCACUUAUGAAGCCAUGACGCGAGCCUUUCUCUCUGCUGAGGACCGUACCAGUGCAAAUGCUGUUGUGGAAGAGAUGCUCCGCAAAGGGUAUCCGGCGGCGGUCACCGAGAAAGUGAUGGCAUUAAUGGGCGGUAUUACUGCUUGA